UUGAGGUCGAGCAAUCGGCUCCUCAGGCACCAAAAGGCGCGGUGGUGGGCUAUCUCUCGCGCAAGCCGAAAAAAGGAGAAGGUUACUAAGGUUUUGAAGGUUGCGGAGCGGACUGGUAGUGUAGAGAUUCCAAAUCCUCAUGACGUGUCGAGACACAUCUUGAACGCAACCCAAAUUCCCAAUGAUGGUAUGAAAUUUGAAGAUGGAGAAAUUGGUCAAGCACAGAACCUCCAAUGGGCGGCUGCUUUCAUGGCAGUGGCAGUGGGGUCAAUCAUGCAUGGAAUCAAUGAGGCGCUCCACCUAAAAGAUCAGUUGGACGCGAAUAAGGCCAACCAAAUAUGCAGAGAUCAUAUGAAGGUGCUGAAGAUGCAAUUGGAAAGCAUAAAAGAUGAAUAUAAGAAGGUGUUCCACGAUGUGAGGACUGCCACUGUAGAAGGGGCUCAUUUGAAGGCCAACUCAGACGGGGCUCCUUACGAGAGUCAGCUAGCUACAAUGGUCAAAGGGAGAGAGGAUAAGAUGCGGACCCAUGCAGAAGCGGUUCAACAUUGA